AUGUUCUCGGCAGCUGGCCGUAGCUUUCAUUCCGGGAAGGCAGGCGGCAGGCAGAAGAAGUACAUCUGCAAUGGCGCCGCAGGAGGAUGCCAGGCGACCGUGCGAGCCUGCAGGCAGUGGUCGGGAGAGUUCAAGGUGACGUUCUUCAUCCCGGAACACAACGACUGCUCGGGCGGCAAGGUCGGAGCGAAAGCGGCUGCGCUCGAGGGCUUCGCCAGUGCCGCCAUGGUCAGCAACCCGACCAUGAAAGGNCGGUAG